AUGGCGGCGCCAAUGAGGGAGGGCGCGCCGGCCGGCGGAGCUCGCCCCGCGCCCCACGCGCCCCACGCGCCUCACGCGCCCCACGCCAACUUCGAGUACGAUGACAACGAGUGGGACAUCGGCAUCGGAGACCUCAUAAUAGACCUCGAUGCCGACAUAGAGAAGACCGACGAGGCGGGCGGCAUGGCGGCACGCGCCGAACCAGACGCGCAGCGCACCGCGCUCAAGAUGAAGAUCAAGCGCACCAAGCCCGGCACCAAGAGCUCCGAGGCAAAGCACGAGAUCGUCAAGUCGAACGAAAUGAACGGCGAGCCCAAGACGGCCGCCGCGGCCGCCGCUCCGCCCGCCGCCGCUAAGCGCACCGGCGGUCACCGGCGGGACAAAGCACGUGACAAGCACCACCAUCCCCACGCGCCGCAUGACCUUAACGGCGUGCAGCGAGUGCCCCCGACGCCCAAUGCGCCCGGUCCGCCUGCGCCAUCGCAGGCCGCGCCGCACGCGCCGCACGCGCCCCACAUACCACACGUAACCUCUCACGCGCCGACCCAGCCGCCCAAGCCGGACUCGAGGCCGGCGGCCCCGCGUGUCGAACCCAAGCCGGCAACGACGUCCGCGCCCGCGAUACCCGUCCCUGUACCUCCCCCACCGCCCGCGCCCGCGCCUGUCGCAUCACCUGCCAAGCCCGAGCCCGAGGACUCCCGGCCAGAACCGCCUAGUUCGCAACCGCCUGCAAAGAAACAGAAAACUGAAUCUAAGAUGGUUGCCACAAUGUUUUAUGAGCGUAGUAAAUUGGAUCGCUUUAGAUAUAAGACGAGUUUCGAGCAUUUCAAGUGUAAAGAUGGAAGGGUCGUCUCCCUUUGCUUUUCUUGUGAGGGCUCUCCGAAAUUCCAUUCAUUAAUCACUGUCGAGGACCCUAAAAACUUCUAA